AGGCACCUUGGCCGCAGCGCAUCCCAACACAGUGCCCAGUCGGAGUCCAGUGCUUGCCCCGAACGCACCGAGGAACAACCUUUCGCUUAGCGCACGCUACCAACACACAACACAGAAGCCAUGGCUAACCGCGGACCCGCCUACGGACUCAGCGCCCAAGUCCAGAACAAGAUCGCUGGCAAGCGUGACCCAGCUCUGGAGGACAGCAUCAUGCAGUGGAUGAGCGCCAUCCUUGGUCAGCCUCUGCCCAACGGUGACUUCGGUGACAUCCUCCGCGACGGUGUCGUUCUCUGCAACCUGAUGAACAAACUGAUGCCCGGAUGCAUCCCCAAGAUCAACACCUCCGGCGGACAGUUCAAGCUGAUGGAGAACAUCACCCACUUCCAGAACGCCGCCAAGGCCUGGGGCGUGCCCGAAAUCGACGUCUUCCAGACCGUCGACCUGUGGGAGAAGAGGAACAUCCCCCAGGUCGCACAGUGCCUGAUGGCCGUUGGCCGCGCUUGCUACAUGCACCCCGAGUACCGGGGACCCUGCCUGGGACCCAAGCCCGCCGAGGAGCAGAAGCGCGAAUGGACGCAGGAGCAGCUGCGUGCCGGUGAAGGCAUCAUCAACCUGCAGUACGGCUCCAACAAGGGCGCCACCCAGAGCGGCCAGAACUUCGGCAACACCCGGCACAUGUGAAGCGCUCGCCAAGUUUCCCGACCCGCACGCUUCUCGACACACGCAACAACAAGAUCACGUGUCAUCUUACGCUUGCCGCCAAGCUGCUGCCCAAAGUCGAAGAAGAAAAAGCAUCCGUGCGACAGCCUGAUGCAACCGUACAAGAGACUGUACACAUUAUUAAGUUAUUGUUAAAAAAAAUGACACUUUUAUCUUGA